GGCGCGCACGCGCAGUACAGGCCCCAGCCCCCAGCGCUCACCUGGACGCAGCAGCGGCUCCGCUGGCUGGAGAGGCGCGCUGAGGAGAGCCCGGGCGCCUGUUCCGCGUCUUCCCGCCACACGAGGUGUUUCCGUUUCAAGAAACGUUAUUGAGACCAGUUUGAUGCUAAAGAACAUCUUUAUCAGAAGUUUUUAUAGAUGUGAUAAACUUUUAAUACCAGAAUGGCUCACAUAAGAAUACUAAGACAAUUGUUUAAGAAACUGUUUUCCCACUGGAAGCUUUGGAAGUUUAGCAUUGUUGUUUUUGUUUUUCUAGUAUUUUUGUUUUUGUUACAAAGAGAAGUAGGUGUUCAAGACGCUAAACAUGAACCAGGGAUUGAACCAAUUGUGGGAAAGAGAAGUGAUGUACUAGGUUUCAUGUUAAAUGCUGUGAACAAUAUUAAAGGUGCAAAGCCAAAAAUGCAAAUAAAAGCACCUGUUAGGCAAACCAAUAUUCCUGGAGAGAGACACUGUUUGCCAGGACAUUAUACGCUAGCAGAACUGAAACCUUUCUUAGAGCGACCUCCUCAGGACCCCAAUGCCCCUGGAGCUUCUGGUAAAGCAUUCAAAGCUAUCAAUUUAAGCCCAGAAGAGGAGAAGGAGAAGGCGCGUGGGGAUGAAAAACACUGUUUUAAUGCUUUUGCAAGUGACAGAAUUUCUUUGCAUCGAGAUCUUGGACCAGACACUCGACCUCCUGAAUGUAUUGAGCAAAAAUUUAAACGUUGCCCGCCACUGCCUACUACAAGUAUCAUAAUAGUUUUUCACAAUGAAGCAUGGUCUACUCUGCUAAGAACUGUUCACAGUGUGAUGUAUACUUCCCCUGCCAUACUCCUAAAAGAAGUUAUUUUGGUGGAUGAUGCCAGUGUAGAUGAAUACUUGCAUGAUAAACUAGAUGAAUACGUGAAACAGUUUCAAAUAGUUAAGGUAGUCCGACAAAAGGAAAGAAAAGGUCUAAUCACUGCAAGAUUAUUAGGAGCUUCAGUAGCAACAGGAGAGACGCUCACUUUUUUGGAUGCACAUUGUGAAUGUUUUUAUGGCUGGUUAGAGCCAUUGUUGGCACGAAUAGCUGAGAACUACACUGCUGUUGUAAGCCCUGAUAUUGCAUCCAUAGAUCUUAAUACUUUUGAAUUCAGCAAGCCUUCUCCUUAUGGACAUAACCAUAACAGAGGAAAUUUUGACUGGAGUUUAUCAUUUGGAUGGGAAUCUCUUCCUGAACAUGAAAAUAAAAGAAGAAAAGAUGAAACCUAUCCAAUUAGAACACCUACUUUUGCUGGAGGUCUUUUUUCAGUAUCGAAAGACUAUUUUGAAUAUAUUGGAAGCUAUGAUGAAGAAAUGGAAAUAUGGGGAGGUGAAAAUAUAGAAAUGUCUUUCAGAGUAUGGCAAUGUGGUGGACAAUUGGAGAUCAUGCCUUGCUCUGUUGUUGGCCAUGUCUUUCGCAGCAAGAGCCCCCAUACUUUUCCAAAAGGCACUCAAGUGAUCACACGUAAUCAAGUUCGCCUUGCAGAAGUCUGGAUGGAUGAAUAUAAAGAAAUAUUUUACCGGAGAAACAUAGAAGCAGCAAAAAUUGUGAAACAAAGCACAUUUGGAGACAUCUCAAAAAGACUUGAUUUAAGGCAGCGGCUACAGUGCAAAAAUUUUACUUGGUAUCUAAAUAAUGUUUAUCCUGAGGCAUAUGUACCAGACCUGAAUCCUCCAUUAUCUGGAUUUUUAAAAAAUGUAGGUAGACGUCUAUGUCUAGAUGUUGGCGAAAAUAACCACGGUGGCAAACCAUUAAUUAUGUAUACCUGUCAUGGACUUGGGGGAAACCAGUACUUUGAAUACUCUGAACACUCUGAGAUUCGACAUAACAUUCAGAAGGAGCUCUGUCUGUAUGCUUCUCAAGGACCAGUGCAGCUUCGGGUCUGUAACUACAAAGGUCAAAAAACUUUCACCCCUGGAGAAGAGAAGUGGGAACUUCGAAAGGAUCAACUGUUGUAUAAUGCAGCAUUAAAUAUGUGCCUGACGGGAAACGGAGAACAUCCAAGUCUGGUAUCAUGUAAUCCAUCAGAUCUAUUCCAAAAAUGGGUUUUUGGCCAAAACAAUUAAGUACAGCUACUUAUAAAUAGGAAAUAUUUUGUUAAAAGGAUACAUCUGCCUUGUGAAAAGGAUAUAUCCACUUUAAAACUGUGACCAUAUAUGCACACUUCAUUUUUUAAAAUGAUACAAAGCUAGCUAAUGUAAAAUAUUCCAAGAGCAAUUUUCUUAUUUAAAAAAAUAUAAAAUUGCACAGUUGCAAAGAUCCCUUAAGCGUCUGUGUAGAAAAUACCAAAGAAUAUUUUGAGGUCUCCACAGGUAGGAAAAAUGUUUACAAUAUGUUGGAAAUGUAAUUUCCACAAUAAGCUUAGCUUUUUAUAUAUGUUAACCACUGAUUUUACAGAUAUUGUAAUCUCCUCUAUUUUGGGAUAAAGUGUAGGGUUUUAUAUAUUCUCAUUUUGUAAUGACUGCAGAAAAACUGGUCAAUGAAGGUUAGGAGGUGGAUCUUCGUACAGUGUCUGGAAACUAUUGUGCCUUUAUAAGUGGUAAUACUGUUUUAGCACUCAGUUGUUUGACUUUUCUGCUGACAGUUUCACUUAAAGAAAAGUAAAUGAGAAAGGAAAAAUUUUAAAACAUUCUUAGCACUUCUCUCUCCAAUUUUACACACUUAAAACAAUAUUUGGACCCGGAGAUAAAGCCAAUGGGAAAUCUUAACCCACUCAAUUUCUAGCACAUCAAUCUUUGCUGAAUGCAAGAAAAAAAUCCUUCAGAAUUUUUAUUAAAGUAUGUAAUUCAUAUAUUCUUUAAAUGGAAAAUAUGUAUUGUCCUGGUAUUAAUCUUAUAUGCUUUUUUUAAAUUUGAAUCCAAUACACAUUACCAUUUGUCACAGAUUUCCUAAACUGAAGAUUUUUUUGUACUUGUCGGUUUUCAGAAAUUGCAGAACAUAAACCGACUAUCUGUUGCUAGCACUCUGUUCAUUACUGUUCUUUUAUUCUGUCAAUAAAUGUUACUGUUUUGUCUGCC